UGCAUGACAGACACACGACUCUAGAAUCUCAUGUCCAGGAGCACAAGCUGUUUUUUACUGCCUUGAGUUGUAAGAUCCAUUUCUCAGCCCGGGGCUCUGAAAUGCCAUGUUGGGAACACAAGAACUGAUCAGUGGGUCACCCCCUUCCCCACCACUGCUCUCUGUUUACCAUAGAAGGGGGGUAUCUAGUCCACUCAUAUUAAUGCCCUUUCGCUUAUGCAAUGCAGCUGCUUUUGCAGACUUGAGAUAUUGUACACCCGCUCAAUGCGGGUACAGUGUACUACCAGUUCCAUAACUCUGUGCCCAGCCGCACAUCGUCUGUACAAACUGUUAUGCUCAUCUCAACGACAGCCUCUUAUCAGAAGCCUGGGUGUUUCGUUUGAUACUAGGAAGUGUAUUUUUAGGUGUCGGGAUUCUUUCAGGAGUGGCAACGGUAAAAGCUUUUCACGAUAAGCCCUCGCACCCCCGUGUGACCAUAGCAGUCGCCAUAAAUGUUAUCCGGUGAUCUUUAAACAUGAGGUGGAUAAAGGGAGAAAUCAAGUGGAUAGGGAGUUACUGUUGGUCCAAGCUCAUGUAAUGUGUGCACAGGUCGACUAGUGCGUGCAGACGUGACAUAAUGGGCUGUGGUUUUUCUUCAGAGAAGUGGCUGGUAGCGACCUCUUGCCUACUUAGCGGCUUUACAGUAGAAAGUUGACUGGAUGUCUUAAACUAUAUUUUAGUCGUUAUCUAGUUGCCAAAGCAAACAAUCCACCUUUUGCCAUGCAAGUGAAGGGAUUUCAAUUUCAAAUGUCAUUGAAUUGACAUGGUCAGCAAAAAGGGCCUGAUGAUGCGGAAGACCUCAUCAGCCGAUAGGCAAAUCUGUGUCUUUGUUGCACAGUACCACCAAGUCUUGAUGACUCUCUUGAUCAUGCCAAUGUUAUUUAGCCUAUGUAAUUACCCUGAAGAAAUGUAAACCACACACAUGCUAUAAAAAAAGUGACCUUUUUGCAUUUGACACUUUCACAGUCUGUUUGGUAACCUCCUGUGUUAUGUGGAUUUACAUAAGGAGUUAAUUUAAGACUGCUGGCCAUUGGCAUAAGGGUUUAUGCUGUGGAAUCUGACUGGUCAGGAGGUGUUGAACAUGCUGAACCGUGGAUCAGACUGACUGUUAAGCAUCGGCGUGGGAGGAUGAGAUUGAGUCAUAGCCACGGCCCACAGCCCCACUCAUCUCUCAAUAGUCCGAAUGAACUACCUUUCCUUCUAUCCUCAUUGCCAUAUGGGCAAUGACAAUGUUGUUUUUCCCCCCUCACUUACAUUAGGACCCUAAUUGUGUCUCAUAAAACACAGUGCGUUUAACCUAUUGACCUUGCACUGAAAUUGGAUGAACCUAUGGGGUUAAUUUGACCUCCUGACCUUGAAAGAUGUCAUUUUUAACAGGUGCAAUUGUCCAUGUGUAUUUUGGUUUUGUGUACGACCUCCACAAAGAGAGGACAAGCCAACCAUUAACAUGCUCAUUGUACUAGUUGCUUUGUUGCCAUUUCCCUUCAGGCAUUCUGAAGUUAACUGCCAUUCAGCUGACAGUGUCAUUUGAAGCCAUUUCAUGCUGUGUUGAGAAGAGGCUGGUGUUAUUCCUGUGGUGAGAAUAGAGGCUGGUGUUAUUCUCCCACUGUUCCCUGCCCACUGUCAGCUGUUUCCAAGCUAAUGCCAGUUGACCAAAUAUCGGAGGAUGAUGCAGCGUGAGGGACAGUGCCGCUUGGAACCCAGCCAUCUAGUUUAUUUUUAUUUUCAAACCCACUCUGUGUGCUGCUGCUCUUCUAACCCUUCCACGUUUUGAAAUGCAUCAAUAAAAGCUAGAAAGACCUUUACACCCUUUUGACUGCCUGCCAUUGCUCCCGGGUCCAGAGCAGAGGGCAAAAAGCUCACUCUUUAUUUUUCACAAACGCUGCUUGUGUUCAGACCGGCACUCUCUGUAGCAACUGAAGAAGCGGGUUAGGACAAGCUUGGCUGGUCAUGGAGAGGGGAAAGAGCCAGUUGGACAACCAGGAUCCUGCGGACCCUCCUCGGGCAGGGGAUGAGGCGAGCUACCCGGUGGAGAGUGGGGGACUAUCGGUGAAGAAGGAGAGCAAGAAGGUGAAGACCAGGAAAGCCCUCAGUCUGGAGGAGGCCCAACUGGAGCUCCAGCAGCAGAACAGAAACCUCACCAGACAAGCCCCCGUCAGGUCUCAGACGUUCGACGUGGAUAGAAGUUUUGAGAAGACUGAAGGCGGUGGUUCACAAAGUAGUUUUAUAAAGCACAACAAAACAUUCCACAAGCUGUUUCCUGACAUUCCGGAGAGUGAAGACUUGCUACAUGCCUAUAUCUGUGCCUUGCAGAAGGAGGUGCUCUACCACGGCAGGCUCUACGUCACCGAGCACCACGCGUGCUUCCACUCUUCCGUGCUGCUCAAGGACACCAAGUUGGUGAUCCCGAUGACCAGCGUGCACAUUGUGAAGAAGCAGAACACCGCCCUGCUGGUGCCCAACGCCCUGUCUAUCCGCACCAUCGAGGGGGAAAAGUACCUGUUUGUGUCUUUGCGGAACCGAGAGGCAUGCUACAAGCUCCUGCGGUCCGUUUGUUCUCGACUGGAGGAUGGAAGUGCCAACAGCAGCCCCUUAUUCUCUUCUACGGACAAUAGCUUUGAUCAGGGCAAGCUAGUGAACUCCAGUCAGUCCAGUCUAGACCAGCUGGACGGGUCAGACCCUAAGCUAUUCCUUGACUCGCCCCCACCCAACCCACACAUAGACCUAGUGCCUCAGGGGAGCAGCUCCAGCCCUAGGAGCACGCACACGCAGCAGAGUGACGGCUCCUUAGAGGACGUCUCAGGUGGCUCGUGGGUGUGGAGUGUGACGGAGAAAGCCCGCUCCCUCCUCAUCCACAGAGAGGCCAGCAGCCUCAACACUCUCCUCUUCAUCUAUCUAAUACUGGUGGUACUACUGCUGCUAUCAUCGGGGUACAUCGGCCUCCGUAUCGUGGCUCUGGAGGAGCAGUUGACCUCUCUGGGCGCCCUCCCUGAAUUCUCCCUACAGAGCAGGUACAAAGACACAACCAUGAUUGGCCAGAGGAGAGAUUGAUGACUCAUGUUUGGAGGACGUGACAAUAUAGCGCCAACUGGAGCUCUCGUGUUGGAAGAUAUUCUGUCCUAGAAGAAUUAGGAGCAAUUUUGAAAGUGUUCCAGAGUUGGCCCGUCGUCCCCUUGCAUAUAGGACUUUUGGAGCACCUCCCUGUAUGAGUUCAAACACAGACGGGUAAACUCAGAGCUAUAUUUAAGAGAGCUAGACCCAGGCCAGCCACAACUCACAGCAAGCGGAGCCAAGCCAACACAUAUGCACACAAAUGAGCUGCUGUGUGACUUGGAACCAAAGCCAACUCUCAAACUAAGAAUAAACUGAAGAAGGGAGGCGAUAGUCAACUCCAUCUGCUCUCAGAUCAUAUUGACGAAGCGAUUUCUCUGAUUUCCAAGAGAACUCUGAAACGUGUGCUUCCAUUCUGUAUUCUCUUCAUGAGCAUGUAGUCUGUGCAGACUAGUCAAAUUGAGUGUAGUCCUACGUUUUGCUGCUUCUUUUUUAACACCUAUCGUAAGGUACAAGUGCUAUGCAGAACCAAAGAUGCACAGGGUGUACUUCUUUGGCAUGAGUACAGAGAUUAAUUUUAUUCUUUACCUCCUAUGUCAGCAUUUCAUCACGGUGUUAAGUCUAUCUGUAUUUAAUCUUUCACUACUAAGCCAUCUGCGGGUACUCUUGAAUGAUUCUCCUGGUAAUCAGCCAUAAUGAUAACAAUGAAUUAUCUUCUCUUACACGGAUCAGCCAGCCGAGCAGCCAUUUUGAGCUUAUCUCCUGACGCUCUCCUCUCUCUUAAAGAUCAGCAGUAUUUAGCCUGGCAUUCGCAUGAUUUAACCCAGUUUUAAUGAUCAAUGCUUUGGAGGCCACUCCCUCCAGUCUCACUGGAUGUAUGCAUCUUCAAUGCACAAAAAAAAAAGUACGAUCAGGUUGAGUGUUGUCGCCUUUGUAGCUAUAGAAAUGUUCAACUUUUUUUUAAAUUACUUUGAUCAUCAAAGUAGUUUUUUUUAUAUACCAAUACUAUUCUUGUUCAGAUUAAUAUCUGAUGACUUCCGUACUGUAUAGAAUGAACUGAUGUUGUGUAAAAGCAAAGAAUCAAACCUCUGUUCUCAGCAGGCCUGUCAAUGACUAAACGCUUGUUCCUACUGGUUCAGGUGUUUCAGGACUGUUCAAUGGAUAUUUGGAUUAGGAAGCGCCAUAAUGUAUUGUAUAUUAUUGCAUGUGUCUGGAACAUCAGAUACUUGACUGAUAUAUUAUGCACACUUUAAUCAAGCGAUGUUGCUACGGAGGUCCUAUUUCCAACGAAGGAAAUAAAUGUGGUCGAGAAUUAUUUCAAUAUGCAAAAAAAACAUGCAGGCAAAAAGAUGUAUUGGCAAACCUGUAGGUUUUUAAAAAAUAUAUAUUAUUAUUUGUAAAAAAUAAAGCAAAAAGAAUGGCUCGUGAGCGAGCAAGCGCACUUUAAAAGUUGGGAACCUGUCAAUCCAAAGACAUCACAUUUGACAGAUGGUGGGGAAGCAGGUGUUUGUUCUUUAGUAUUUGAUGGUGCUAAGACCUUUUUUUGUUUUUCUCAGGGGUGGGGGCAACCUGCCACAGUUUCAGGUUCCCUGCUUUUCUUUCGCCAUUUAUCGUCUUUGUCCAUCGGAGCGAUCAUGUUCUCUACUUUUCAUUGAGCAUCACUUCGUAACUUUGCAAUAUGUCAGUCUCUGAUUUGUUUGAGCUUAUCUAGUGACAUGGGAUGAUUGGUUGAAAAACAUGAGAAAGAAAAAAACAUUAAAUGUAAACACUUUCUCUAUUGACGAGACAUGAAAUGCGUUGAAGUGACGUCUUAUGUCCUAAUGAUUGGGUAGUUGUAGUCAGGUGUUGGGCUCAACUACAUGCCAUAAAGCAGUACUGUCAGUUACUGUACUUCCCCACCAGGAGACAGCACACGUCUUCAAACGGAUACAAUGCAAGAAUCUCAAUGAAGAGUGCAGUAUGUGUGGUUUUGCACUAUUGAAGUGGUGUAAAUUGUUGUAUCAAUUGUAAUGUCCUUAAUUCUAUGGUCAUAUGUAUUUAUUUGCAUUCUGUGUAAUUCAAAGUAUUUGUCUCUGUGAGAUUUUGUUUUGGUAUUGUUAAACAAAUAAAUCAAAUGUUGCACAGAG